AUUCGAUUUUGGUCGAAAGUCGAAGUCGACUUUGCCAUCUCUAGUUUGAGAUUUCUAUUUUCAAGAUAAAUUAGUGUUGAAUAACACAGUAUAUAUUGAAUAAUAAACUUGCAGGUAACAAAAUGCGAUUUUCUCAGAAACUGUAUGCACAGCAUUUAGGGUGGACUUUCAAGAAACAUUGGAGUACACAGUGCAAAAAAGUACCGCGGGAUACCGGAGCUGCUACCGAUUUAAAGAAAAUUGGAUUUUUCAUUAAGGACGAUUAUUGGAUAUCGGGCCUUAAAACACAUUUUAGCCAGGAAAAGUUGAAAGGUGGUACACCAAAAUCGCCACAAGAAAGUGGGACAAUGCCCGAUUGGCAGUUAAAACCAUGUCAUGUGUUUAGUAACAAAAAUGUUAUGCUUGAAGGCAUAGAGCAAGCGCAGUUGCUUACAAAGUCCAUUAAAAUUUCUGGUUUACCACAAAGCAUUCAGGAUACUAUCAAAGAUGUAACACUGACUGGAACAUUAGAACGCAGUGUAAAAGAAGCAAUUUUGUCUUCCCAUCUCUUCUGUGCCCAUCAAGAGAAAUUAAGCAAAGAAGGGAUCCAAUUAAGGCCAGAAUAUAAUUUACCCCGAGAGUAUGGUUCACCUAAAGAGCGCAAAAUUUCGAUACUGGUGAACAAACUUCUGUCAGAGUGCGACAAAUAUGGAGGCCGGAUUGUGAGUUCACAACGUCGUUUGAUUGAUCAAGUAUACUUCAGAGUAACUGUGCCAAAAAAUGAUGACUUAUUGCAAUUUUCAGUAAAUGCACAAAAGGUAAUUACGUCACAGCGACCUAUUGAGGCCGUAAAAGAAAAACAUGAUUCUCAACUGCCGGAUAUGCAUCCUAUUAAUUGUACUAUAUCUAUGCCAAAGCAACAUAUUUACCAUCUUGAAACAGUAUAUCCAUUUCAGAAUAACAUAACCACCUUCCACCCUCAUACAAUAUUUGCAUAUUUCGAUAAAGAGAAAGUAAGAAAUGUGCAUGAUAUAGAUGUGAAUACAUCCCAGUUUCAAAGUCGCACCAUGCUUAAAGCUUUCUGUGUAGCCGCAGCCCGUGCCAAACAGCUCUAUGGGGAUUCAGCAUUAGACAGUAUUCCCCGGCCUAUUGUGGUUCAAAGUAUACAUACUGAUGGACGGACCUUCCACUUCGGUGUAUUUCAGCUAAAUACUCUAAGCAUUAAUAAUUUAGAAGGAGUGAAAAAUUUCUGGUUUCAUGAAAACAAUCAAAACCUUUUCCAGAUAUGCCAGUAUGUUUCGGGGAAACCGGUUCUGGAAGGAUUCAAUAAGAAUGUAUUUAAGUACAUUUAUGCAUUUUAUAGAAAUUCAUAACUAUGCACUAAUAUCAGUAUUUAUGUUUGUUUAUUAAUUUCGAGGACAUGAAAAUAUGUAGUCCCGACAUCAACUAAUUGUUCAUUAAUAAAAAUCGAUGUAAUAAACCUGUUCCAGGUACUCCACGAUUUGCUGUUCCCGUACGACACUUUACAUAAGGUUUGUUAAUGGUAAAAAUAGCUUUUCUUGUAAAUCCUUCAAAUCUUGAAGUACCUGGUGCAGGUUUCGAUAUAUUCAAAUCCAUGAA